GUUCGUUCGCUGUAGCCUGUCUCCGUUAUAUACUUGCCCAUCUUUUGCUUUCUUCUGCUUUUGGACCUAUUCAAACUCCGAGAAGGAAUUGUAUUCAUGUCGGUUCAAUCACCCCUCAUCGCGGUCCCCCGCAAAACAACUACAGACGUGGACUGGGCCACUCCCAUUCGGCACGUAAUCGCAGCCUCGUACGGUGAAGAUCCAAACAGCUAUGCCGAAGAAUGUGCAGUCCUGCAACGGUGUAGGCAGGAUGCUGUGAGAGGCGCGGGUAACGAUCAAACAGCAAGGGACCUUUUGUACAAGUACUUUGGGCAGUUAGAAUUGCUCGAACUGAGAUUUGCAGAGAUCAAAGUCUCCUUCCCAUGGAAUGAUGCGUUCACCGACAAGUUGACUACUCAAACUUCACUCGCUUUUGAAAAGGCCUCCAUCAUCCACCUGAUAUCAUCUAUCCUGUCGUCCCUUGCCCAAUCUGCCUCGCGUUCAGAUCCUGAAGGCUUAAAACGAGCCUACUAUAACACCCGAGCUACUGCCGGUAUGCUGACCUACAUCAACGAAAACUUUCUCCACGCCCCUUCAACCGACCUCAGUAGAGAAGUGGUUCAUCUUUUGAUAGGGAUAAUGAUGGCUCAAGCCGCCGAGAUCUUCACGGAAAAGCUCGUUGAAGAAAAAAAAUCAGCUUCUCUCGUAGCCCGGUCAGCCAAUCAAACAGCAUCUAUGUACACGUCCGUCGUGGAUGAGAUGAAGGAAUUCCAGGGCAAAGGCGUCUUUGAUCGCAACUGGCUAUAUGUGCUCCAGAUCAAGGCCAAGCUGUUUGGAAGCCUGGCCCAGUACUACAAGGCAACCUCAGAUAGCGCGGCAGGAAAACAUGGCACAGCAUUGGUCAGGCUCAAGAUAGCCAAUUCCCUCAUUCAAGACGCCCAAAAACAGGCUUCGUCUUUCAUUUAUACUUUCGUGGCAGCGUCAACACCCAGCUUGCCUCAUGACGCUGCUAAUGCCUUGAAUGAAAUUGUCAAGGCCCAUGCAACUGUCUGCGGUGAAGCCAAAGAGCAGGCUGUCAAGGAUAACGAUCUCAUCUAUCAUGAAGUCCUCCCUUCUGAAGCUAGUCUUCCUGCCAUCGAGAAGCUGCCACCCGCGGCUCCCAUCACCAUUCAGGACGUAUACGGUAAUCAAGAAGUUACUAAAUUGAUCGGGCCAGAUAUCUUCCUUAGACUUGUCCCUCUCGCGGUGCAUGAGUCUGCAAGUGUUUAUUCAGAGGAAAAAGCCAAAUUGGUGAGAGCUGAGGUUGAUAAGGUCGAAUUGGCAGAAGGGGAGAUCCAAGCAGGGCUUGACCAUCUCAAUCUCCCCGAGGAGAUUGACAGAUGGCGCCAAUUUUUGGAAGGAGAUACAAAUGAUGAUGUUCCUCUUAGUCAGCAACUGAAGAGCUUGGUGGAUAGUGUCGGGGAUGUGAGACAGGUGGAAAACGAUUUGGGUCGCCUGGAUGGUGAGAGAGCCGCAUGUGAGCGAGAACUAAGAGAACUGAACGGAGCUCUGGAUGCCGAAAGUCGGGAAUGUGAACGCAUGAGGGCUAAAUAUACACCCAACUUUACGCAAUCUCCGUCAGGUCCACAGACUGCCAAUCUGCGCUCCAAUUUAUCCGCCAAUCUAUCUGCUCUUUCGUCGGCGUCUACCUCUGACGCCCAUCUACAAUCACUUUGGCAAUCCAUCCAGCCUUCAAUCUCUCUUCUAUCUUCAGGCCCGAGCAACCUCGAAAGAGCGGCCAGGGAUAUAACUGAGGGAAACCCUCAGAAGAUAGACAAGACUGUCAGCCUACUAGACCUAGAUGACGAAGAAGUGGAUCGAAAGGCAUUAGGACAGGAAGAAAAAGACGCUUUGAGAAAAGCUGUGGAUGACGGUCGAGAGAAAUUAGAUCGUUUGAAGAAGAUUAGGGCAGAAAGAGAUGAAGUUCUCAGAGAUUUAAAAGAGAAGAUCCAGACGGAUGACGUCUCAAACUUGCUUCUUCUCAACCGCCGCUCUCAGAACGUCGAACCACAACUCUUCGCAUCUGAACUGGAGAAGUUCCGACCUUAUCAAACUCGUCUGGCUGCCGCGGUAUCUGCAUCCAGGUCGAUCCUGCAAGAACUAGAUAUGCUCGUCGCCCAAGUGCAUAAGGGAACGGGCUUCCGCGAAAUUUUGAGAAAAGAGAAGGACCGCCAAAGGAUCAUUCGUGACUGGGAAAAGCGGCUGAUCGAAGCUGGUGAGUCUUAUGCCGAGAUCAGGGCCGGAUUGGGCAAGGGCUUGUCAUACUAUGACAGUCUGAGAAGAGUGAUUGAAGAUCUGAGGAUGGAGGUUCAAAGGUUUACAAACUCAAGGGAGCAAGAAAGGAGGAAUAUGGUCAGCGACAUCGAGACCCGCCAGCGGUUAGGCGGCACAUCUCCUUCAACAGGUGGGGUCGUUGCUAAUCGGGGUCUGGAGGAAAGGCUAGCGGCAUUGAAAAUGGAGGCUCCACCUCAGCCACCUAGAUUGGGCACAACAUCGACCCCCAAUCUUCCACCGCCGCCUGGACGCGGAAGUAGCAACGUUACAUCCAGCUACCUGCCCCCACCGCCUCCACCAAAGCCACAAUCGAACCCUUACGAUUUCUCUACGCUGGCUGGAUUUGGGUCGUUUGCGACUCCUUCUGUUUCCAGUCCCCAGCACGUAUACCCAUCGCAACCGCAACAAGCGUACAAUCAGCAGAGCUACAUCCCGCCCCAACAGAACCCCUAUUAUCCCCCACCUCCUAGUAGGCCUACGUACGCUUCGCCUCCGUUUGCACCUCAGCAGCCACCAAUGCAAAGUGGUCACUCACCCUAUGCACCGCCUCCUGGACAUGCUCCUCAACCCCAACAGCCUCAAUACCCGUCCUCUCAGAACCAACAACAAAGGCAGGGCUAUAAAUAUCCCGGCUACGGGCAGCAGGGCGGUUACGGGGGCGGUUACGGACAAUAUUAAAUGGGGCGUUGUCGAUUAAGCGGCAUGGCAAGAGAGAUUCGAUAGCGAAAAUGGAGCCAGGUUGUUUUUGGAUGAAUCGUCUAUAGUCAAAUCAUUAUUGUAUGUUAAUUAUGCGCACUUGGAGGUCUUCUUGAUUUUCUUUACAAGAUACUGGUGCAUGAUGCCCUUGCUGUUUCUACCAAACCAACUCUGGUCCCUUCAUCAACGGUAGUGGUGUAUGGUCUUUUCAUAUAAUAUCACUAGUUGUGUUGUAGGUAAUAGUCCUGCUGCCUUAAUCAAAGGUUACAGUACUUCAAUACCUUGAUAUUCUGUUACUCUCGAGUUUGCUUCAUGCCUAUUUCAAAGAAUGCCCUGUAGAGAAGAAGAGAGAGAUGAAGAGACUGAGCGAAGACAGUCAAAGAACAAAUGUCCAUCAACUAA